AUGGCCAAUGUGUAUAACAGUCAACUCGACGCGUUCGAACUCUACCACCAAGUUCAAGAGAAGAACAGCCAAUCGCGGACUUCGGUAGGAAAAGCUUCCGUCCUCGAGGCUCUUGGACAUGGCAUUGCUGGAUCCGCGGGGUCAGCGAUUUCAGUCGCUGUUCUCUAUCCAAUCGACUUGAUCAUCACCCGACUUCAAAUUCAACGCCAAUUACGACAAGACCAGUCGCAGCCUACAGACGACGAGUACAAAAGUUUUGCCGACGCGGUUGAGAAGAUCUACAAAAAUGAGGGUGGUAUCGCUGGACUAUACACGGGAUUCUUGCAAGCCACUGGCAAGACAAUCGCCGACUCUUUCAUCUUCUUCCUCACCUACAGCUUCCUACGUGACAGGAGACUGGCCGCACUGGGGAGAGCUAAGUCACUACCUGCCAUUGAAGAGUUGGGUGUCGGAUUUGUCGCUGGCAGCUUGACCAAGCUUGCCACGGCGCCCAUCGCAAACAUUGUUACGAGGAAACAGGCGGCUGCUUUGCUCGCGGCUAGGGACCCGGAUAGUGAGCCGUUUCAAGUCCCAGGUGCUCGGCAGAUUGCCAGGGAGAUCUAUGCUGAAAAGGGCCUGGCUGGCUUCUGGUCAGGAUACUCGGCUUCUCUGGUCCUGACACUCAACCCCUCCAUCACUUUUGGUCUCUUCGAAACCCUUAAAAAGGUGGUCCUGCCGCACCAUAGGAGAGCCCACCCACCGCCAUCAUUGACUUUCCUGUUAUCCGCAUUCAGCAAAGCAUGCGCCAGCUCAGUCACAUACCCUUUCAGUCUAGCCAAAACACGCCUCCAGGCCGGAUCGAAGAGAGAACAGCGCGAUGAAGAGAAGGUGGUUGAUGAAGACAUUGAAAGCGAAAGAGCUAGGAAAGCGACGCGGUCUACAAUCUUCAGUACGCUCCUGACCAUCGCUCAGACCGAGGGAGUGAGCGCUCUGUACGAAGGAUUGUAUGUUGAGAUCUUGCGAUCAUUCUUCAGUCAUGGGAUCACUAUGCUGGUUAAGCAAAUCAUCCAACGGCUCCUGGUCCGCGCAUAUUAUAUCUCCUCGAUAAUUCUUGGACGAUACAAGCGCAAGACGAGUUCGAAAAGGCUGGCACAACGAGCAAAGGCUAGCGUGGAAUAUUACAACCUCGCGAUGGCUCGUGCGAGCGAGAAACUCGACGAGGCCACUCAUGCUGUCAAAGAGAAGGCCAACGAGACGGCCGAGUUCGUGGGCGAGUAUGUUGAAGAGGAAGCAGGCGAAUGGCGCGAGCUCUACGGGCCAACGGGACUUGCUAAGUGGCUUGAUGGUGAACGUCAUUAG